CAGGCGCCAUUACAGGGUAUACGAUCUCUGCUGGAAAACAAUGUAUUUGACUUUAAGAGGAAAAGCGAAGAGACUGUACAUUGGUGAGUCCUGCUGUUGAAACUACUUCAGUUACAAAUGGCUGAGAAAGUUGCUCUUCUUGAAAGUUAUCUGAGCUGCCAUGUGUGUUCAGAGACUUUCAGAGAUCCUGUGUCUCUGAGCUGCAACCACAACUUCUGUUCAAGCUGCCUGCAGAAAUUCUGGGAACAAGCUAAAAACAAAAACUGUCCUAUUUGCAAAAGAAAAUCCUCAAAAGAUCAUCCUUUGGUGAACUUUACACUGAAGGAACUGGCUGACUCAUUUGCUGGAAGACAGAAAUCUGGAUCAUCUGAGACAGAAAAAGGAAAAGAGAAGUCAUUAAUGGAGGUUUGUAGUAAACACAAAGAAGACCCUAAACUGUUCUGUGAGGAUGAGCAGAGAGUUGUGUGUUCUGUCUGUGAGUUUUCUCUCCAUCACAAUCACAAAGUGGUUCCUAUAGAACAAGCAGUCAGUGACCUGAAGGAGCAGCUGAAAUCUGACUUAAAGUCUCUGGAGGACAAGAGGAACAAAUACAAACAAGUGGAGAAAACAUACAAUGAGGGGAUUCAACACUCCAAGAAGCAGCUGCUGUCCACAGAGAGGCAGAUCAGAGCAGAGUUCAACAAGCUCCACCAGUUCCUGAAAGAGGAAGAGGAGUCCAGACUGGCAGCUCUGAGGGAGGAAGAGGAGCAGAAGGGGAAGACUGUGAGCAGAGAGAUGAAGAGAAUUCAGGAGCAGAUCUCCUCUCUGUCAGACAGUAUCUCUGCUGUUGAAGAAGAGCUGCAGAAACACCAGGUGCCAUUCCUCAGCAGUUAUAAAGCCACUCAGACCAGAGCCAGAGCCCAGUGCUCACUGUCAGAUCCACAGCUGGUCUCAGGAGCCCUGAUAGAUGUGGCCAAACACCUGGGCAACCUGGCCUUCAGAGUCUGGGAGAAGAUGGAGGAGAAGGUCCACUUCAGUCCUGUCAUUCUGGACCCAAACACUGCUCCCUCCUGUCUCCAUCUGUCUGAUGAUCUGACCAGCGUGAGAUAUGGAGACACAAAGCAGCAGCUUCCUGACAAUCCAGAGAGAAACACUUUUUAUGCCAUUGUUCUGGGCUCUGAGGGCUUCAGCUCAGGGAAACACAGCUGGGAGGUGGAGGUGGGAGAUCAUCCUGACUGGAAGGCUGGUUUAGCUAAAGAGUCAGUUGACAGGAAGGGAGAGAGAUAUGCUUCACCAGAAUAUGGAAUCUGGUGUUUAUCGCAUCGUGAUGGAAAAUACACAAAUGGUGCUGGUCAGACUGUGACAGUAGAGAAGAGUCUCCAGAGGAUCAGAGUCCAGUUGGACUAUGACAGGGGGGAGGUGUCCUUCUACAACUCUGAAGACAUGACUCACAUCUACACUUACAGAGACACCUUCACUGAGAAACUCUUCCCAUAUUUCAGUGUUGGAAAAGCUGGUGCUGCCAAAACCUCUGAUAUCAGAAUCAGAAAGUGAGAUUUCUCUGUGAUGUUCAGAGAUGUUUGUUUUUCUGUGACAAUCAUUCCAGGUUCAUUUAUCUGUAAAGUCAUCAUCACACAACAGUGAUAGUUUCCACUAAAAGACUAUUUCAUUCAACUUGAAGGUUGGUUGUAAUUUUAAAUGAAUUAUUUUAAAUGUGCAUAAUUAAACAUGUAGACCUCAACAGUGGUUAAAAGUGUCUGUGAAUGUUUCAAUAAAAAAAAUGUUAAUAUUUGAUUAGAACAAGAACAUAUUUUCAAUCUGCAAGUUUUUUUUUCAUCGACUGUUAUUUUAUCCUUUCCACUAAAAGACUUAAAAGUCUUUUCUCCUCCAAUGAUGAGUUAUUUUAUCCUUUAACAUGUUCUAAUGAGAUUUUCAGUGGUUCAGUGAAUCUAAAAUCAUUGUGUCUGAUUGAUUGUUCUUAUUUCAUUCUACAGCAGAACUGAUUUAUUUCCUUGGUUCACAGAAACUGUUAAUCCAACUGUCUGAAAUGAAUGAUGUUGUGUGGUUGCCAAUGAUUUAGUUGUGUUUAAUUUGUGUAGGAUGUAACUUCAUGUUGUUGAUAUUCUGCUCAUGUUUAAUAGAUUAUAACAGAAUAAAGUCUCAUGUUGUUCAGUAAAUACUCUGAUCAUACUAUAAUCUGAAUGAUGCUCUCUUGGCUUCUAACAAACAUGCUCAGUGUGUCCAGUCACUUCUUCUCAUGUAAUUAACUUCCUGUAAUUAGGUCAUAAACAGAGUGUGUGGUGUUUUUGUGAUAAUGUCUCUAAAAGACUUGGCUUUAAAACUACAAAUACAACUGUUCAACGGUGUUUAGUUCAAUAAUUUACACCAGUUGAUAAAAGAUAUGAAUCCCUGAGCCUCAAUUUAACACGUGGUCCUUUGCUUCCAUCUAGUGGGUAUAUGGUGGAACUACAGAAAACAAACAGCACCAUUGUUUUCCACUAACAGAGCUUUGUGCCACACUUCUUCUUGACUUGUUUCAUAGUCAAGUUUGAUGCAUGAUAGAAAGUUUAGUUAUUUUUAUGGAUUCUAUAAUUUGCACAACAAUAGAAUUUGACAUAUAGGUUAAAUAAAACAGUCAAUAUUCUUUUCUAUAAACUCUUGGUCCAGUUCUGGUUCAGGCGUUGAAUGAGUUCAGAAUCAGGGUGAUUUCUAUCAUUUAAUCGAGAAGAAAUAUCUUAAAUUUCAUUUCUGUCUCAUCAGAAAAUGCAGUGACUACAGUACAUGUGUACUUGGGAGUAAGAUGAUAUCUCUAUUAGCUGGAAUAAGACGAUGUUAAAAGAUUCUCAGCACUUUUGUCUUAUUUAUUGUCCCAUUCAGAAAAAUAAGUUGUUGAAAUAAUCAAAUGCUUGUUGUUAACAAAGAAAAUAAAAAAGUAAAUAAGAACUUUUCUGAUUGUAGAAACUUUAAGUUUCAUGUUGUGUUGUUCCGAAUUUGACCACAAGAGGGUCUAAAAUUGAUGUUAUUCAUUUUGACAUGUAAACCAUUUCUACUGUUUACUUUAAUUAUACAUGUGUUAAUGUAACUGUGUGUGAAAAUAAACAUAAAUAUAUUCACUGAUCUGAUUUUAUUUUGAAGAAUAAAGUUCUAUUCUGUUAUAAACGUU